CGGGCACAUCUCUCGCCUCGCGGUCACGUGACUUCCCCCACCACUGCUACCCUUCCCUGGCAGAGCAGCAGCAGCGAGGUGCCAGCCAGCCAGCACUCAGCGGUCACAGCACGGCUCGUCCUUCCUACUACUCAGCCGACACCCACCCGAGACAACUAAAUCACCAUGUCCAAGAUCGGAAUCAACGGAUUUGGCCGUAUUGGCCGCCUGGUCCUCAGGGCUUCCAUUGAGAAGGGUGCCCAGGUCGUUGCUGUCAAUGACCCUUUCAUCGGCGUAGACUACAUGGUCUACCUCUUCAAGUAUGACUCCACCCACGGUCGCUUCAAGGGUGAGGUGAAGGCUGAAGGCAACUGCCUUGUUGUAAACGGCAACAAGAUCCAGGUCUUCCAGGAGCGUGACCCCAAGGCCAUCCCAUGGAGCAAGGCUGGUGCUGAGUACGUUGUUGAGUCCACCGGUGUCUUCACCACCAUUGAGAAGGCCUCCGCUCACUUGGAGGGUGGUGCCAAGAAGGUCAUCAUCUCUGCCCCCUCUGCUGAUGCCCCCAUGUUCGUCUGCGGUGUCAACCUUGAGGCCUACCAGCCAUCCAUGAAGGUUGUCUCCAACGCCUCCUGCACCACCAACUGCCUGGCUCCCCUUGCCAAGGUUGUCAACGACAACUUUGACAUUGUUGAGGGUCUCAUGACCACUGUCCAUGCCACCACUGCCACCCAGAAGACCGUUGACGGACCCUCUGGCAAGCUGUGGCGUGAUGGCCGUGGCGCUGCCCAGAACAUCAUUCCUGCUGCCACUGGCGCUGCCAAGGCUGUCGGCAAGGUCAUUCCAGCCCUGAACGGAAAGCUGACCGGUAUGGCCUUCCGUGUGCCUGUAGCCAAUGUGUCCGUUGUUGACCUCACCGUGAGGUUGGGCAAGGGUGCCAGCUAUGAUGACAUCAAGGCCAAGGUUAAGGAGGCUGCCAAUGGACCCCUGAAGGGCAUCCUUGGUUACACUGAGGAAGAGGUUGUGUCCUCUGACUUCAUUGGUGACACCCACUCCUCCAUCUUCGAUGCUGCUGCUGGCAUUUCCCUAAACAACAACUUUGUCAAGCUUAUCUCAUGGUACGACAAUGAGUACGGCUACUCCAACCGUGUUGUGGACCUCAUCAAGUACAUGCAGUCCAAGGACUAAACUUUUAUUCACUUUUCUUAUCCAUGUCAAUCAAUUCUAAAAUGUUUGGAAUGCACGUGUAAAGGACUAGUCGCUAGAUUGGUAAUACCAACCCGUACUUCAUAUGUGCUUUCAAUGCAAUCAUCUGGAUUUUAUUUGCUGUAUAAAGCUAAAUUAAAAAUAGAUCUGUAA